GCCGACCGAGGAAGCUCCAGUCUGACUCUCAUUGUGUGUGUGUGUGAGAGGAGAGACGGAGGCAGGCGCAGGAGCUCCUGUAAAGCCUCCUGCCCACGCAACUUUCCCACCAGGGUUCCCCCCUCCACCACACACACUGAGUCAACCCCCCUCUUCUUGCAGCAUCCCCAGACCCUGGCCUCAGGACCCCCCCUUUCCACCCCCUACUCCUGGAGGUCACUUUUAUUUUUGUGCACAAGUUGCUACAUCUUUGGAGGAAGAAAGAAGCCAUAGAAGGAAACUGGGGUCAGAUCGUCCCCAGGGGAGAGUUGGGGGGAAAUCCCGAAUUUUUAACCCAACUCCCUCCCCCAUUUUUUGCAUUUGGUAGGUUAUUUUUUUGCGGGUGUGUGUGUGAAGCAUCUGGAAUCUCAGGUGUUGGGAGCAAAGGGGUUUGUUGGAAAGUCCCCCCCCCCUCAUUUCAGGGGAGUUUGGGAAACUUUUGAAUGGGAGGAAAGAUUUCAGUCUGGGAAAAGAAACCCUGAAAUCCUCCCCCUUUGCAGGGAAUUUUGGGGAUCCCUCCAUCCUGGGAUCCGCCCCCCAUGGACUUUUCUGGGGUUGUAAGUUUCGCCCCUCGCUGUUUUAAUUUUUGAUUGUUCAAGUCGCCACCAACCAGCGGGCGCGUCCUCCACCCUGAACCAGUGCUAAAGGGGGGGAUUCCUGUGGUGGAGGGGGCCGCAAAGCAGAGGGAGCUGGGGGGGCAAUGCCUUCCGUGAUGGAAAAAUCCGGCCCGGCCUCCGGGAUCCUGUCGAGGAGCCGGGCGAAAUCGGCCACCAAUGGCAAUCAUCAGACCUCGGAGGAUGAGAGCAGCGAAGAAGAGCAUUCGCACGACAGCAUGAUUCGGGUGGGGGCUGAUUACCAAGCUGUGAUCCCUGAGUGCAAGCCAGAAAGCCCCGCUCGCUACAGCAACAAGGAGCUGAAGGGGAUGCUGGUCUGGUCGCCCAACCACUGCGUGUCAGACGCUAAAUUGGACAAAUACAUCUCAAUGGCCAAGGACAAGCACGGCUACAACAUUGAGCAGGCCCUGGGGAUGCUGCUGUGGCACAAGCAUGACGUGGAGAAGUCUCUGGCUGACCUGGCCAACUUCACGCCCUUUCCAGACGAGUGGACGGUGGAGGACAAGGUGCUGUUUGAGCAGGCGUUCAGCUUCCAUGGCAAGAGCUUCGCGCGCAUCCAGCAGAUGCUCCCCGACAAGCUGAUCCCCAGCCUGGUGAAGUAUUACUACUCCUGGAAGAAGACAAGGAGCCGCACGAGUGUCAUGGACCGACAGGCCCGCCGGCUGCUCAGCAAGAAGGAGAAGGAUGACAGUAACGACGAGAUGGAGGAGGGACGGGCAGCCAGCGAGGGGGAGUUUGAUGCCAUGGACCCCAAGAAGGAGCCGAGCUACCAGAAGCUGCCGAACAGCCGGCCGGGCCCAGGAUCGGGCUCAGGGCCUGUGAGAAAGGAGGUGCAGCUGUCGCAGUAUCGGCACCAUCCACUGCGCUCACGCCGGCGCCCCCCCAAGGGCAUGUACCUGAGCCAGGAUGACAUCGCUGGCAUCUCGGCCAGCCCUGAUGUGGGCACCCUGGCGCUGCGCCACCUCGACUCACAGCUCGUCUCCCUCAAGCGCCAGGUCCAGUGCAUCAAGCAGAUCAACAGCAGCAUGAAGCAGGCCCUGGAGGGUGGGAUUGACAAGCUGCGGCCCCCUGAGGGGAACAGCAAGUUCAACUCGCGCUGGACAACGGACGAGCAGCUGCUGGCUGUGCAGGCCAUCCGCAGGUACGGGAAGGAUUUCCAGGCCGUGGCUGGGGUGAUCGGCAACAAGACGCUGGCCCAGGUGAAAACCUUCUUCGUCAGCUACCGGCGCCGGUUCAACCUGGAGGAAGUGCUGCAGGAGUGGGAGGCUGAGCAGGGGGGCUCCCCAAGGGGCCGCUCCCCCCCCCAUGACACCAAGAGCUCCAGCGUCUCACUGGCCAGCAGUGAGGACGAUGAUGAGGUGCAGAUCACAGCCGUGUCCCGCUCUGCCCAGCAGCAGCCGCAGCCCCCAGCAUCCACUGCAGCGACUCUGCCCUCUGCCUCCCCCCGGCUGCCGCCCACCACGCUGUCGCAACCUCCCCCCUUGCUGCGGCCCACACUGCCCACAGCGCCCACGCUGCACCGCCAGCCACCCCCCCUCCAGCAGGGACGCUUCCUGCAGCCCAGACUGUCGCCCAACCAGCCGCCCCCGCCACUUAUCCGCCCUGCUGCCUCCCGCCACCACGGGAGGGGGCCCCAGCACCCCUCCUCACUGGUGGGCAUGGCCCUGGAGCCCCCUCCCCCCUCCUCCUCCAGCUCCCUCUGAGGUUUUGGGGAGAGGCCAGCUGAAGCCCCCUACUUCCUUAGUGUCCUGGAUCCUGCUUGGUUAACGGGUCAGGGGCUCCAUCUACCCCAUAGUGACACACUGGGGAUGUCUCUAGGACCCCCCCUCCCCAGGGGAGAGACUGAAGGACUUGCAUUGGUUGAACCCAGCCCCCCCCCCAGCAUGGUCCAUUUGGGCUCUAAGCGAAAUCCAGGCAGGGGAGUGGGUACUAAUGCCAGCUGUGGGGAGCCUGGGGUAGUGGGGGGAGGGAGAUUCUUUACUUGUAGAGGGAUCAGUUCAAUUGGGUGGCACACCCCCUGCUGGUGAGCCAUGCCCAGUGUGGGGCAGGGACCCCUCCUGACCCCUAGGAGCCUGGGCAGGGGAUGGGGGUGGGGCUCCUACCUGUGGCUGAAUGAGCUGGGGGAUGUAGCUCCACCUGGUGGGGAGGGGUGUGGGAAUGUUCUCCUGGCACUGGGGGGGUGGGAGGAGCUGAUGCUAGCCCCUGGCUGGCAGAGCAGUUGCUGGGGGGGCGGGUGUUGAGGGGCAGGAGUAGCACAAAAUCCCCCCCCCCCACAGGGCACAGCUCCCUCACCUUGGGGGGCAGCACUGGCUCCCAGGGGGGACCUGAGUGCCAGGGGCCAGGUAAGGGGUAACCAGCGUUAACAUAGGGUGAAGCACGUGGAGGAGAGUUGGGGGGAGCAUUGAUGAGGCCUUGGAAGAAGCACAGAGCUGGGGGGUGGGUGGGCACCCCCCAUCUAGAGGACAGCAGCUCAGUCACCUGCGCAGCCAUGGAGACCCCCCCCCAUGCUGGGUGCAUGCUGCUGUGCUGGGGGAGGGGAGUCUGGGCAAUGGGGCAUUUGUA